AUGGACUCGAUAAAACAAGCGCUGGUAUCGUUGGGUGAGCAGCCUCGCGUUGUGUCUGCGAUGUCGUAUGCGAGCGCGCUACUAGAGACAGCGUUGCAAAAGACCCAAACCAGUGAAUUCCAGACCGCAUGCACUGUCACAGCGGUCGGAGCAUUGCUGCUGGCGGUUGCGUUGCGCAGAACUCCUAGAAGCAGAAAACGGGGCAGCCGGAAGCAGCGCGGUGGGCAAAGCUGCGCGCAGGGCGCCGCGUUGAAAUCACGUCCAAAAUUGAGCCUCAAAGAACAAAUCGACGCCGUUUACGCGAAAUACAUGGACGAAUACAAGACUGGAUUGCACCAGUUACUGGAAAACUAUGACCCUGCGCGCGAGAAGGACCAGUAUCAGCGUAAGUAUUACAACGAGAUGUUGUUGAAGCUUCUGAUUGAAUUGGACGGCGUGGAUCUCGUGGAUCUGCCCGCUGAGGAGAAGGCGGCGUUGAAGGAGAAACGGAAGCAGACUAUCAAAGAAAUACAGUCUGAGUUGAAGAAAUUGGACGCUCUUAAGGCCUGA